CGUUGUCAGACAGUGACAUUAAAAGAACCUUUUAAAUGACAGCUUGAUUUGGUUUGGUUUCCGCUACUGUGCUAUUGUGCUAUUUUUUGGUUUUAGACUACGAAAACGCAAGAUAAUGUCGAUAUCUACUGCUACAGAUGAGCGGACUGAAGGUGAUGAUGAUACAUCACAAGGGAGCCAGCCAAAAGAUGACAGUAGUGAGUCUGAGAAUGAAAACGAAAAUGAACCACAGAGUCAGAAUGGGGGUUCACCCAGCCCAGAAGUUCACGAAAUCACGAGUGAUGAUGAUGAUGAUGGAGGGGAUUCUAAUGAUGAUGAAUCUUCUAAUUCCAGUACAGACAGUAAUGACAGUUCUGACGGUUCGCAACACAGCCAUAAGGCAAUCGAAGAGAAAAAAAUGGAAGAGCAACUUGAAAAUGGUGAUGAGGAAUCUGAUGUGGAAGAAGUGUCGAUGGAAGAUCCCCUAAAUCAGGCUCAGGGUAAAAAUAAACCCAUUGUGGUGAGUGAUACAAAAAGUUUGGCUGACUUGGCGUCCAAACAAACUAAAUCUAAUGGUGAUCAAAACAAAGAGCCAACUGUUGUCAUUAUAGAUACAAACUCCAUACUGUCUGGGAAAGGUCCCACACCAGUUCAAAGUAAAGUUAAUACACCAACCAGUGCUUUAGAAGCUCAAAAUUUAUGUCAAAGUAUUGCUGCUCGGGGUACCACUAUCACUCCAGUCAGUAGUAAAAGUGCACAAAAUGCGUCAUCCCAAAAUAAUACAGCAACACCUCAACCACAACCUAACAUAUUACCCUCUCUGACAGACGAUAUGUUUGUUGUUGAAGCUCCAUCUUUCAUAGUUCCUUAUGUUUAUGAAAAACCAUCUAUUAAACCAUUUAGAGAAUUUGUUGAUAAACUAGGAAAGGAAUUGGAAGAGCUUAAAAUAAAAGAGGACAAAGAGAAAUCAGAAAAGGAAAAAGCAGAAAAAGAACGGAAAGAAAAAGAAAAAAAAGAGAAGAUUGAGAGAGGUGAAGAAGUACCAGAAGAAGAGGAAAGUGAUAAGGAAGUGAAAAGUGCAGAUGAUGAAAUACCCAAGGAAAAGAAGCCUGAAAAAAGGAAACGCAAACGUGGUAUAGAUGAAGAUGAUGAUUCUUGGGAUGGUGAAUCUUCAAGUGAGUCAGAAGAUGAUGCUAUUAGUGAUGAAGAAGGUGUUCAAAUCAUCAAAGAUAAAGAUGAUACUAUUGAAGAGAUCAAAGAUCCUAUAAGUUUGAUCGCUAAAGGUUUGUCAUCAGGUAAAUCUGAUAGUUACUUUGAUUGUUCCUUAGGACAAUUUUUUAUAAAUAUAGGUUUAAAUUUAGUACAGGAAUUUGUGCAAAGUGAUUUGCUUAAGCAACAAAACCGUAAAUUAUAUAAAGAAAAGAAAUCUGGCCGUAGCACUCGAGCCACAGAAGCUGCUAUAGCUUCUUUGACACAAAAUUUGGACUUCAGCAAAAGGACCAAUGCUCCUUAUGCUCUUGAACAGAAGCGAUGUGAGUUUUGUAGUUUCAAAACAGAGUCCAUGUUAGUUAUGGCUCAUCACUUGGAAGCUCCUCAUAUGCGUAAUAAUAUUUACAAAUGUAACACAUGCGCAUUCGAAAUUCGUAGCCCUCAUGAUAUAUUGUUCCACAUGGAAGCAGAGCACAAUAUUCGUGGCCGUCUAGAAAGAGCACCAGCUUAUCAGCAGUGUGCAAAUUGUCAUUUUGAGGAUAACAGCAAAACUAAAUUGGCAAGGCAUCUUAUUGCUUGUGCGAAAAAAUUUAAACCUGAGUUUAACCUCGGUCCACCGCUAGAGUGGGAACCACCAGCAAAAAUACCAAAGUUAACAAGAGCCAGGAAUAAUAUUGUAAGUCCUUACCAGACCUCAUUCAACCGUGCUCAAGUGGGUUUGAAUAACUUAGGCCGACCUCCUCUUAAUGUUUCAAAUGUUAUCUCAGGAAUGCCAAUGUUAGGAAGGCCCCGAGGUCGUCCACCUUUAGCUCCCCCACGUCCUACCACUGUGUCUGGUGUGCCGAUAAUUCGUAGUGGUCUUAUGAUAAUGCAUAAUACUCCACCAGCAGGAACUACCAUUUCAAAUUACCCCAUAAUACAAAACAACCAAACCACCAACAAUGCUACUCCUAAAAUUUCAAUUACACCAUUACCUCGUGCUCCUCAACCUUCAUCCUCACAAUCAACUCAAAAUUCUAAGGCCACAUUUGUGAUCUGUGAAAUUUGUGAUGGUUAUAUUAAAGAUUUGGAACAGUUGAGAAACCACAUGCAAUGGAUUCACAAGGUUAAAAUUCAUCCUAAGAUGAUUUACAACAGACCACCUCUAAAUUGUCAGAAGUGUCAGUUUAGAUUCUUUACUGACCAAGGACUCGAGAGACAUCUGUUGGGAUCACACGGUUUGGUGACCAGCUCCAUGCAGGAAGCAGCAAAUAAAGGUAAAGAUGCAGGAAGAUGCCCUGUUUGUGGUAGAGUGUAUCAGUGGAAACUGCUUAAUCAUGUAUCAAGAGACCACAACAUGACACUCAAGCCAGCCCAUCUGUCGUACAAAUGCACUGUGUGUACAGCGACAUUCGGUAUGUAUAAGCAAUUUGAGAAUCAUGUUUACUCUGCUCAUAGUGUGGUAGCAAAACGUGUAAUGGAUAAAAGCAAGCCUAGUACUCCAGCUAAACCUGUGGAUUCGGAUUCCCUUCUUAAGCCUUUAAAGAUAAGCGACGAAAUAACUAUAAUUCCACAACCAGCAAAAUCCUCCCUUACGAUUACAGCUAAAGGUAAAUAACGUUAACGUUGAGGGAGUGUGCCGCGUGCGUCGACUACAUCAAGACUGCUUUGCCAGUACCGCACUUCCGCGACUUGAGCAGUAUUGUGUAAAUAUUUCUAAGCUAAUAACAUUCAUUAUUUAAAACUAUUGAUGUUGGAAUACUGAGAUAUAGUGACAAUUUAGUUAAUGAAGUGUGAACGUUAUUUUUAAUGAAUAAAAAACAAAAUGCAGUAUAACUUAAGAUGUAAAUUCAAUGUAUAAAAAUAUUACAAUAUAGAUAUGCAACAAAUUGUGUAUUUUGUGCGUUUGCUGAGUAGGAUUCUCCAUACCACUUUAUGUUAUUGUGACUUUUGUCGGUUACGCCUGUUGUCACAAAUGAAAAUUAUCUUAUUUAAAAUUAAAAAGAUCUGUAUUCUCAUUGGGUUUAAGUAGAAUGAGAAUAGAGUGUGAACACGCAAGUUAUACAGGUUUUCCUCAUACAAUAUUAAGUAAUACUAUUUCUUUAUGGAACCACUAAACGUGAUUGUAAUAUCAAAGUCGAUAAUUAUUAUUGUCUGCCUAUUUUAAUUUAAAUAUAGUUGGUCUGUUUCAGAAUUAUUGUAAAAAUAUAAUUUACUUAGAGACUUUCCAUUAUGAAUGUAUAAUAAAUCAUGAUUAUGAUAGCUUACUUAAGGGAUUAAGUUAAAUCGUAGACUUUAAUAUAAUUUUAAGUAUAUUGUUUUAAGUGAAAUCUACCAUUUUCAAACCCCUCCCUCGAUACUCGCAGCAGACAGUUUCUUGAAAGGAAAGAAAAAUAGACAAUGUCACAUCAAUCUUAUUUAUUUCUGAUCUCAGGUCAACUAAACGUUGAUUUGAUAAAGGUUUACUAAAAUUGUUGAAUGUACUUAUAGAACUGAAAAUGAUGUAUUUUUUUUAUUUAAUAAAAAAGACCACUGUAACU